CCGCGUCGUCCGUGUCGCUAACUUCGCAUCUCCUCUCGGCGCGACGUACAUUUCCCGACCGCUCCGGUCGCUGCCUCCCACCAUGGUUCAGCUCUGCCUUACCACCCUCAAGGGCAAUGCCGGAUCCCGACACUUCCCCUUCCAAGGCUACCUCGGCCUCACACCUGUCCGCAUAGAGGGCAUUGUACGUACUCGUCUCGACGAGGACCAAAAGCCGAUGCAAGCCAAGUCCAUCACCGUCUCGGUUCGCGCGUACGAGUCCCGCCAGACUCGCAUGGGUGCGACCCACACCCGUCUACUGGUCGACUACAGCCAGACACUCUGGAAGAAGCCUGACGACCAGCCAUACGCCGACGUGGGCGAAUUCGAAUCGCCCUUCCGCAUUGUGCUCCCGAGGCGCGUCGCGGGUUUUAGUACAGCCAACUAUCAGGAUUAUAGGACUUACUGGAGGGUCGAAGCUGUUCUCGAACACGUCCCAUUAGCUUCGGUCGGCACGAGAUUGCUGAAACAGCUCGACAUUCUUCUCAUCCGACAUGACAUACCUCCUCCAUUGCCGCCGCCGUCUCCGUCACAUGCUGCUUUGGUCGCGUCUUCAUCCUCGAGCUUGACGCCGGCGCUAUUACUUGCGACGAACAAGCCGCGGGCACCCGUCCUGCACUACAACCUCUCCACACCCACCUGUCCAAUUGGCCCGUCGGACCUCCUCAUUACGUCCCUUUUCAUUCGCCCUCUCGAUCCAUCAGUGACGGUUCGAAGCGCGUCGCUUCUCGUUGAACGGCGAAUAGACCUCCAUGACCUCGAGCUUCCGCCGUUGACUCCGGGUGGUUCCAGCUACGCUUGCCGGAACGCGAGCCUAUUGAACACGACGGCUUUUGCAUAUCUUGCACCAUUACAGAGUUCAUCAACGUUGGACUCGGCAGUGUCUACAAGCACUGUCACGUCUAGGACGCCCCUGAUCCCUCAAACCACUUCCGCAUCUUCGUCGACGACUUCGAGUCCUCCAUCGACACCCGUUUCGCCUUCGCCAUUUUCUUAUGCCUCUCCUUCUACCCCAGGAGAGAGCUCACAUCAUCAUAAAACUCUCACGUCUGCCGUUGCUCUUGCUGAGGGCACGUCUUUUGCAUUCGACAAGGGUACCGGUGUGUGGAACAAGACGAUCUCACUGCAAUGGCCCGCGGCGCGGAGCCACUCGAGAUGGGCAAUGGGCGAGACUAUGCGGGGGAGUCUCGGGGCUGUGAGCUUCUGGGUCCGGGUCAAGGUCAUCGUAACGUCACCAUCCGGGACCGAAUCGAUAGAUCUCGCCCCGAGAGAGCUUGUGGUCGUCUUGACAAACGAUGCCGAGCGCCGACAUGCACUUGCCGUCUUCGCUGAGGCGCGUUCGGCGUCGAAGGGGAGGAACUCUUCUUCUCGACCCGGUACUUCGACUGACGCCGCGCCGUCGUCGCCAACGCCAGACGGAUCAGCUCCCGUCUACACUCCACCGAAGAGUGCCGGGACAACAGCCUCGGGUCGGGCACCCCCCGCAAGCAUCUCGACGCGUUCGCCUGUACCCCCGGCGUCGCCUACCGCUGAAUAUUCUCAUCCGCCGUCAGCUGAAAAGGGCCAGAGGAAGACCAAGAAGCCGCGUCGGCCGCAUACAUCGGCGGGUCCUCGAGACAGUGCCGACGUUCAGGUUGCCGGCGCCAUCCCUGUCCCCGUCCCGUUGCCUGUGCCCACCCACGGCUAUGCAUCGACACCCUCCAGUUCUCCGGACAAGCAAAACGAAAGCGAUCGCGGUCCAAGACAGCCUCUCAAAGAUGGUCUGCCAUUCCUGACUCGUCGCAGCUCUGAAGUCUCGGCAGGGGGCGCGCGGAAUAGUGGCGACACCAUUCGUUCCAAGCCUGUGUCCCCGCGGAUGAGCAGCGUUGUCAGUACAAGCUUUGUGUCCGCAUCUCCAGCCGGCCCAGUCAGCCCGCCGCCUCGCAGCUCUUCGAUGUCUCACCACGACCGCGACGGUCUGCUCCUGAACACGGAGGUCUGUGCGGGGGUGCGCAUGGACAAGGUCCAGCUUAACGGCGUGUCGCCACACCCGUCCCGUGAGGGCGAGAGCGAGCGACGGGGUCGGACAAAGGAAAAGACGGAGCUGAUUCGGGUAUGGGAGGAGGAGCUUGCCAAGAUCGAGAAGGCGACCCGUCGGGGCAGCAACGUGCUCGCCUUCUGGCGUAAACGCGAUAAGCCGAAGGAGCAGUUCAAGCGGGAGCGCAUCGCGACGUGAAGCGAAUGCUUCGAACGUUGCAUGCGCCUUCUUGCUCGAUGUCCUUGGACACACGUACGCGUCAUUCGGCUGGCAUGGCGCAUCUUCUGUUCACCGCAGCGCAUCGCCCGGACGGCGAGCCAUGGAGCUUGCUUCCCUCCGCUCUUGAUCGGGGCUUCCCAGUGCGACACACGCAUGGGGCGAGUGGUGGUGGCGCGUUCUUCUCGGUCUUGCCAGUGGGCGCAAGCGAAGCCCAUAUUGCGGCUUCUUCGCGUGCUGCGCACACACGAGGAUGUGGAUCGUGCAGUCCGCCGGGAACUUCCGUGUCUUCUCAUAUCCUCGCUGUGUUCGCUUCGCUUCCUUCUAUUCUCAGCUUUGGGGGAAAGGCCUCGUGCGCUUAUCUCCCGUGAAGGCCAUAUAUUUAUUAUAUUCGUACUACCUGCACACGCUCUUAUUCGUCUUGUCGCCGUUGUGUUACAGUAUGGACAAGCUCUGCACACAUCCCACGCUUCAUCCUGCAGUCUCAUCUCAUCUCACGCACCUCGCACCCUGCCAUUGUAGCUCUACCACGUAA